AUGCUCGCCCAUCAAUGCUCUGCGAGAGCAUACAUCGCCAUCCUCAUCGCCCUCAUCCUGAGCAUCUUCCUUCUGACCGCCAACCGACUCAACAAUGUCUCGCCCAUUAGCCUCCCGCAUUUCUCAACCGGCGGGAGCAGCCUCGCGGAGAGCACGGGUGGUAGCCAACAACCAGACUCUUCAACCGACCAACUGAACACGCAGCCCGACAACAAGUACGACCAGGCCGCCACGAGCCAAGCCGUGGCCGAGUUCUGCAACAAUGAUUGGAAGCUGCUUCGUCGCAAGGAGCUAGGACUCACUAACAAGGUGGCCUACACUCGCCGGUGCAUCAAGCCCACCCACAAUAACCCCGACCGUGAAGCCGUUGGGAAGAUUAGCGAUUCAUUGGUGACCGGGACCGUGACCCUCAAUCUCAAAGCCAACUGUGAACAGUUUGCUCCCCCUCCAUGCGAACCACUCGAGCUUGACGUGCCCCCGGCCUACGCGGCGCAGGAAGAGCAAUACAAUCACCUCCUCUUCGGCAUCGCCUCGUCGUAUGAGCGUAUUCAAACCUCGCUCCCGGUUUUCGCUCAGUGGUUGGCGGGAACUGGCGCACAACUCUUAGCCGUCGUCGCAGACGCAGACGAGGGCUUCAUCAAGCCCAAUCUCCGUGCUCUCGAGGCCCAGUACCGCAAUGCCGGGGUCAACGCAAGCAUUAUUGCGCCCAAAAUGAAGGAAUCUCUCCCCCGUCUCAACACCAAUCCCGACGAAAAGCUGCAUCAACCGGCCGCUGUCGAACAACUCCACUUCCUCCUCAUUCGCGACAUGCUCGACGCGGCAACGCCCCAAACGAAGUGGUUGGGUGUUCUCGACGAUGACACUUUUUUCCCGGCUAUGGACCCGUUGAGCGUCGCGCUCAGCCAAUAUGACCACACAAAACCGAUGUGGCUGGGUGCCCUAGCGGAUAACUGGAUUAGCAUGAAGAUUUGGGGGUUCAUGGCGUACGGCGGAGCAGGUACUUUCUUGUCGGUACCUCUUGCGAAGCAGCUCGAGCCGCACCUCGAGGACUGCGUGCGCCAAACUGAUGUCCCGUCCGGUGACGGCAUGCUUCGCGAUUGCAUGUAUACGCGGACCACUACGAAGCUCACCGUCAUGGAGGGUCUCUACCAACACGACAUCCGUGGCGACGCCUCCGGCUUCUUUGAGAGUGGCCGCCGCACCCUGAGCAUUCACCACUGGAAGUCGUGGUACCAUGUGCCCAUCGAUAAGAUGGCUGCUAUCACGAGCGUUUGUGGCGAUUGCUUCCUGCAGCGAUGGCGCUUCGGGUCCGACACACUGUUUGCCAACGGCUACAGCAUCACUCAGUACCGCGAGGGCCUGGACAACAUUAACCUCGACCUCAUGGAGGCGACGUUCGAAGAAGCGGAUUCGAGAUUUGACUUUGUGUACGGCCCAUUCCGCCCUAGGCUAGACAGGUACGACAAAAAGAGCUACCGGCUUGUGGAGGUCGAUGGCACAUUCGAGAAAGGCGGCCAGUUCAAGCAGCUGUACGUAUACCGCGCGACAAAGGAAGAAGGUUCGGACGCGGAGCCGGUCGAUGAGGUCGUCGAGUUGAUCUGGGAUGUUUGA